AUGGCUGCCAAAUUAUGGUGGAAAGAGGGUGUAGUCUAUCAGAUCUACCCGGCGAGUUUCAAGGACUCCAACGGAGAUGGCCUAGGAGACAUCCCAGGUAUAAUCAGCAAGGUUCAGUACCUCAAAGAUCUCGGCAUUGAUAUUGUCUGGGUCUCCCCAAUGUUUGAGAGCCCCCAAGUCGAUAUGGGAUACGACAUUUCGGACUAUGAAGCAGUAUACGCGCCAUAUGGUACUGUCCAUGAUAUGGAGGUCCUUAUUGAGGAGUGUCAUAAGAGAGGAAUGCGCCUGAUACUUGAUCUUGUAAUCAACCACACCUCAGAAGAACACGCCUGGUUCAAAGAGUCUAGAUCGUCCAAAGACAAUCCGAAGAGAGAUUGGUAUAUCUGGAAGCCUGCUAAGUAUGACCCGAACGUGUGA